AUUAGUCGCGUACAGUCAGAGGUGCAGUUUCAUCGCACGUAGCUACCUUUAUUUCGAAAGAAAUAUUUUCUUCGCCUCUUUUUCUAAAAACAUCACAGAUACAAUAAUGCGAGCCGUGAGUAUUAUUAUUAUUGUAUCCAUUCUGAUAAGUGAACGAAACAAGAUCGACGCAAAACCGAACGAUGAACAAUGGAAGGAAUUUGAAGAAUUUCUGAACUGGAAACAAGAGAAGGAGCAGCGCAAGUACGAUACAAAUUACAACACAUUGACGACGCAAGUUCGUGAGAUCGAUGGAAAGGAUCAUAACCAAGUUGUACUAGACCCACCGCCAAUGAAUGAGGCAGCAUUAAUGGCCAGAUACAUCGUUAAUCAAGCUGAUUGGACGGCUGUAGCAACGAUAAGCACACGAAGAGAUGUCGCGACGUUUCCCGUUGCGAACAUAAUUGCCCUUGCCGAUGGACAAAUCGGUAGCGGAUCGGGAAUCCCAUAUGUGUAUCUCACCCAUUUUGACUUUACCGCUCAAGAUCUUGCUGUGGACCAUCGUGCGACUCUUCUAGUGACAUUGGCACAAGGCAACUAUUGUAAGAGCAAAGAUUGGGACCCAAUGGACCCGCGAUGUGGAAGAGUUUUCCUAACUGGAACGAUUAAAGCACUGAUGGAUAACACUACUGCAGAAUACGUAUUUGCAAAACAAGCGAUAUUUGGUCGUCACCCACAUUUGAAAAACAUGCCUGAAGAUCAUCAUUUUUUUAUCGCCAAGUUGAAGAUAUCAGCAAUUGCUAUGGUAGACAACUUUGGUGGACCGAAAUACAUCGCCAUAAAUGAUUAUUUGCAUCCAGCAGCGGACAAUAUUGAGGAAGGAUUGCAACGUUUUUUAAUGGAACAGGCGUCUCGAGAGAACUUCAAUUCUAAAGUGAAGCUCCCAAUUUAUGAAGCUCGCAGAGUAUAGGACUGAAACAACCAUUGAAAAGGAUAUUUCUUAUCAAUUUAUAUAAUGUUAAUAAAAUCAUUUAUUUCUAUACGCAUA